UUUUCCCCUCCAUUAUUCGUCUAUUCUGUUUUCAUUUCCUGCUGUCCAAUUUGAUUCGUAUUUCUUCAGCUCCGACAUCGCGGAUCCACCACUUCCACCAGCACGUCAACAUUUUCUACAAUUCGGGCUUUCUCCCCUUGGACUUCACGGCCAUUUAUCCUCUACGUCUGGCCUUCUCACCUUGAUAAAGGCCAAAUAGACCCCCAACUUCUAACUAGUCAAAUCUGGCGGUCCUGCCCCUCGUUGUUUCAUUCCUAUACGGGCAAACCCCAGGUUCCCGGCUUUCUUACCGGAAACUCUAAACACACCCAAUUCUGCCUCCUGGCUCACCAACUAUACUGUUACCGACCAACCCAUCGGCUACGGUCAGAGUGAAUGUGAUAUACAGAAUAUCGGGUACGGUCCUAGAUAUAAGUAUUCGCAAUAUUGCUUCAUCAGACCAAUACAGGUCACAACAAGGGGACAAACAAUUGAAAUCCAGCACCAUAUCAAGAACAAAUCCAUCUAUUUGCUUGCAAUUCCUUGCAAGUCCACUCCAUCAUGGCUCCACCAGCAUCCGAAAAACCCACCGACCACGACCUCAACUGCCUCUCCAUUCGCGAACUCGAAGUCCUAGCCCGAGAUCGCAUGGACAAGCAAACCCGCGACUAUUACAAUGAAGGCGCCGACUCCAACACCACACUACAGGAGAACAUGACCGCAUACAACAAAUACCGUAUCCGGCCACGAGUACUUCGCGACAUCUCCAUGAUCGACCCAUCGGUCACCGUAUUCGGACACCGCAACACCAUCCCCAUGGGCGUAGCUCCCGCGGCGAUGCAAUGUCUAGCACAUCCUGAUGGCGAACUAGCCACGGCUCGAGCCUGUGCCGCCAAAGGCAUCAUCAUGGGUCUCAGUUCCUUCUCAACCACUACACUCGAAGACGUACGACAAGCCAGCGGCGAUAUCCCCAACGUCCUCCAACUCUAUCUCUUCGAGGAAAAAGAACAUUCGCGAAAAAUGAUCCAACGAGCCAAAAAGGCCGGGUACAAAGCUGUUCUCCUCACCGUGGACACACCCAUGAUUGGACGACGUAAUCUCGAGAUCCGUAACCAAUUCAAAUUACCAUCGAAUCUGAAAAUUGCGAAUUUCACUCAAAAUGACGACGACAACGAACAUGCAAUUCAACAGGACGAAGACAAAGACGAAGACGAUGAAAAGAAACCCGCACCACGCCGCCGCUCCUCAAAGCCCGCCUCUCAAGAUGGCGACAAACGAACUCUUCCCACCGGACCAAUCACAUUCCACACACACGCGGCAAAUCCCACGUUAAGCUGGGAAGAAUCAAUUCCCUGGCUCAAACAAGAAGCCGCACCCAUGGAAGUAUGGGUCAAAGGCGUCGCUACAGGUGAAGAUGCUGAACUCGCCAUUAAACACAAAGUCGACGGUAUUGUGGUGUCGAACCAUGGCGGACGACAACUCAACGGGGCGUUGGCGACACUUGAUGCCUUACCUGAAGUUGUGGCUGCCGUUAAGAAACGUAUUCCUGUCCAUGUCGACGGGGGGAUUCGUCAUGGAACAGAUGUUUUCAAGGCGCUGGCUUUGGGAGCGGACUUUUGUUGGAUUGGGAGGCCGGUGCUCUGGGGGUUGGCAUAUAAGGGCCAGCAGGGCGUCGAGUUGUGUUUGCGUCUCUUGAUUGAUGAAUUCCGUUUGUGUAUGGGUUUGGCUGGUGUUACGAAGGUGCAAGAUAUUUCUCGGGAAUAUCUGGCCAAGAUUGAUCGUGAUGGUUUCACGAGUCGAUUGUGAUCUUUCAACUCGUAGUGAUAGUGCUUGUGUCUAUUGUAUCAUUGUGUAGAGUUCCUUGCAAUUGAAAUGCCAAUUCAUGUUACUGCUGUUCUUGGGUUGGAUCUAUACUCAGUAGUUCGCAAGAAAGAUCCAAAGCACCUCCUUGAAUAUAACUUUACGAAUUAGAUCAACGCUCUGUUAAUUGUAACUUGACUGAA